GGGAUAAUGGGGACAUGGUGACCCCAAAGGACACUGGGGACAAUGGGUACAUUGGGGACAAUGGGGAUGUGGUGGCCCCAAAGGAUAUUGGGGGCAAUGGGGACACUGGGGGCAUGGAGACCCCAAAGGACACUGGGGACAAUGGGGAUGUGGUGACCCCAAAGGAUAUUGGAGGCAAUGGGGAUGUGGUGGCCCCAAAGGACACUGGGGACAAGGGGGACGUGGUGGCCCCAAAGGACAAUGGGGACAAGGGGGAACUGGUGGCCCCAAAGGAUAUUGGGGACAUUGGGGACGUGGUGACCCCAAAGAUCAUUGGGGACAAUGGGGACAUGGUGACCCCAAAGGACAGUGGGGAUGUGAUGACCCCAAAGGGCAUUGGGGACAAAGGGGAUGGGGUGACCCCAAAGGACAUUGGGGAAAAUAGGGACGUGAUGACCCCAAAGGACACUGGGGACAUUGGGGAUGGGGUGACCCCAAAGGGCACUGGGGGCAGGGAUGCUCCGGACACUGGGGCUGAGCCCACUGGGGACCUCCCCUCCCUGGGGGACAUUGGGGAUGUCCCUGCAUUUGGGGCUGGGGAUGACAUCAGCGAUGACGUCACAGGCUGGGGUGGCACAUUUGGGGGCACGUGCGUGGCCGGUGGCAUCACCAUCACAGUGGUGGCCCCCCCGCCGGAGGAUGAGGACGUCCCCGAUGAUGACAUCAUCACCAGUGAUGUCAUUGGGGGUGACGUCAUGGCGGAGGGUGAUGUCUGUUCCUCCGCCCCUGAGGAGCCCCUCGUGGGCGACGUCAUCGCCUGGAGUGACGUCACUUCCUCCCUCCCUGGGAGUGACCUCACUGGUGACGUCAUCGCUGGGGACACCGCCGGUCAUGACGCCGGUUCUGGCCUUCCUCGGGAGGAGCUCGCUGGAGGUGACGUCACGCACAGGGAUGACGUCACUGGUGACAUCAUAGCCACAGAUGACCCUACGGCGCUCUUCAGGGAUACCCGUGCUGAUGUCAUUGCUGACGUCACUGCAGAGGAAUAUACAGCGGGUUUUGUACCUAGGGGCACCCCUGCUGAUGACAGCAUCGCCGCUGAUGAUGUCACUUCCUCCUUGCGAGGAGAUGGUGACCUCACUGGUGACAUCAUCUGUGACAAUGAGCACACUCCUUCUGCUUGGGAUGACAUCACUGAUGAUGUCAUGCCUGAGGAUGACAUCACUUCCCCCAUCCCCAGUGACACUGCUGGUCAUGACGUCACUCCCGAGAGUGAUGUCAGAGGUGAUGUCACCUGGGGCACCGACCUGGGUGACGGCAUCGGGGACGACGUCACCCCUGACUCCCUCCCCAGCUGUGACGUCAGCCCCGAGGAUGAUGUCACGGGUGACAUCAGACCAGGGGACCCCAUCCCCGGAGACUCUGCCUGCCGGGACGAUGACGUCACGGAUGACAUCACCGCCGAGGCCCCCAGAAGGGACACCCCAGGCCCCCCCCAGGCGCAGACGCCCUCCCCCGGCUGCCCCCUCGUGUUCUUGGCCCUCGUCUGCCUCCUCCUGGCCCUGCUGCUGCUCGCAGGGGUCUUUGCGGCCGCGCAUUACGUCCGGGUCUUCCUCAUCAGCUCCGCGCCCGUCGGCGAAUCCUUCCCAUGAGCGGGACGAGAAGGGGGGAGGGGAGGGGUUCCCCCCCCCUCCCCCCCCCAACAAUAAAUCA